AUGGCCAACCCUGUGCAGCCUCAGUUUCCUCCUGCACGGGAGCCAGGCACCGCCUCACCCCUGGACCUGCCGGAGAUGGAGAAGCUCCUCACCAAGGUGGACGACAAGGCUGACAAGUCCCUGAAGCUGUCCAAGUCCCUUUCAGGGGCUCUGGACUUGGAGCAGAAUGGCCACGGCCUGCCCUUCAAGGUGAUAUCCGAGGGGCACCAGGAGGCCACACUCCCCCUGUCGCCCUCUCGGGCCAGCUCGAGGCGGGCAUCCUCUGUUGCCACCACCUCGUAUGCCCAGGACCAAGAAAUCCCCAAAGAUUACCUCAUCCUUGCCAUCGCUUCCUGCUUCUGCCCCGUCUGGCCCCUCAACCUCAUCCCCCUCAUCUUUUCUAUCAUGUCUCGAAGUAGCGUGCAGCAGGGGGACCUGGACGGGGCCCGGAGGCUGGGCCGCCUGGCCCGGCUGCUCAGCAUCACCUUCAUCGUCAUGGGCAUCAUCAUCAUCAUCGUGGCCGUGACUGUCAACUUCACAGGUGAGGCCCCGCCACGUGGAGCGGAGGGAGCCAGCUUGCUUGGUGUGAGGACUGUGGAAGGGUGUAGCCCAGCCCUGUGGAACAGCGGUGGAGGGUUAAAAUUCAGCAGAAAUAAAAAGAACCAGGCGCCGUGCUCGCGGAGGCAGGCCCUGCCCAGCUGGAAUGCUCAAACCCACACCCGCCCCACACCACGGGAGGACAGGGCGGUGACUGCCGAGCGCCCGCCUGUCCCCGAGCUCCAAAAGCACAAACUCGGAGGGAAAGCCCCAAGUCACGCUACCGUCAACCACAUCAGAUAG